UUACACCCGUGUGAGAUGAGACACCGGAAAAUACAUUUCCCAUGAUUCCUUGCGCCGGGAGAGUCCCCUUGACAAUGCGUGGGAGAUCUUCGCCUGACAACAUCUUUGUACUCUUACACACGUGGGGACAUUUAACGCACCGUUCCCCCGUUUAAGAUGAGUGAGGACGGGGAGCGGCUGUUGAUUCAGUUCCAGGACGAGGCUGGAGAGACCCUGGGCUCUCCUUUUGAUGUUCCUCUUGACAUCACACCUGACAAACUUCAGCUGAUCUGCAAUGCUCUGCUCCAGAAGGAAGAGCCGGUGCCUUUGGCGUUCUUUGCGCGGGGCGAGGCUGAGAUUGUGUCCAGUCUAGGCCAAUGUGUGAAGGAACUCCUGGUGGAAACAGAGCAGGUCCUGCCGGUGGUGUACCAGCCCCAGGCCGUGUUCCGAGUCCGAGCCGUGUCCCGCUGCACCAGCACCUUACAGGGACACACCGAGGCCGUCAUCUCCACUUCUUUCAGUCCCACUGGCAAAUAUUUGGCCAGCGGUUCAGGUGACACCACGGUACGUUUUUGGGACUUGAUGACCGAGACGCCGCAUCACACCGCCAAAGGACACACGCACUGGGUGCUGAGCAUCGCCUGGUCGCCUGACGGCAAGAAGCUGGCAUCAGGGUGUAAAAACAGUCAGAUUUUCCUUUGGGAUCCAGUGACUGGCACACAAGUCGGGAAGACAUUGACGGGACACACCAAGUGGAUCACUUGGCUUUGCUGGGAGCCUCUCCACCUCAACGCGGAGUGUCGCUACCUGGCCAGCAGCUCCAAAGACGGCUCGGUGCGCAUCUGGGACACAGUGUUGGGACGCUACGACAAGAUCCUGACGGGACACACUCAAUCUGUCACUUGCGUCAAAUGGGGCGGGGACGGGCUUCUCUACACGUCCUCACAGGACAGGACGGUCAAAGUGUGGCGAGCCAAAGACGGUGUCCAAUGUCGGACACUGCAAGGCCACGCCCACUGGGUAAACACACUGGCUCUUAGCACAGACUAUGUGCUGCGGACUGGAGCGUUUGAACCUGCGAGUGCCACCAUCAACCCCCAAGACCUGACUGGAUCAUUGGAGGAACUGAAAGACAAAGCCUUGCAGAGAUACAACAAAGUCCGGGGUUCCGCCCCUGAGCGCUUAGUGUCCGGCUCAGACGACUUCACUUUGUUCAUGUGGAAUCCAGCAGAGGAAAAGAAGCCCUUGGCCAGGAUGACGGGCCACAGCGCCCUGGUCAACGAGGUGCUCUUCUCCCCAGAUACGAGGCUCCUGGCCUCGGCCUCUUUCGACAAGUCCAUCAAAAUAUGGGACGGUCGCACGGGAAAGUACAUGAUGUCCCUCCGUGGCCACGUGGGUUCCGUGUACCAGGUGGCAUGGUCGGCCGACAGCCGAUUGCUGGUGAGUGGCAGCAGCGACAGCACGCUCAAAGUCUGGGAGGUCAAGACGGGGAAGUUGAACAUGGACCUUCCUGGCCAUGCUGAUGAGGUGUUUGCUGUGGACUGGAGUCCCGAUGGUCAACGAGUGGUCAGUGGCGGGAAAGACAAAUGUCUAAGAAUAUGGAGAAAAUAGCCACACUUUGUUUGCCCUGGUGUUACCUUCUGGAUGUUCAUGUCCUCUCCCACCGUUUCACGCCAAGAAACUUGACAUCUGGAAGUAGAGGUGGUUAAUAAACAACACGGCAUCUUUUUGUGUAGGCUGGUGAACGUGACACAUAAGGUUAUUUGUGCACCCGUUACAACUUCAAUCUUUGCAAGAUACUCAGUCAAUGUGUUGAAAAAACCCUCGUCAUAUUGAAUCACGCACUCAGAAUGUGAGGAAUUAUCUCGCAAUAUGUAGGUGACAGGUGGACGCUCAAUAGCUUACGAUGCCAAUGAGACUUUAAUCCGCUCCCUUUUGCACUCAGCAAAGCUUCAACCUGCUGAUUUCUCCUUUUUUCGGAUCACCCAGCAGACCUCAAAUUUAUCUAGGGCUCCCAAUUAUGGCCUAAGUGAUAAUUAACAUUAUUGUUAUCAAUAUUGAAAUCAUGAUUAGUGAUUGUUAGGUAAAGCAGUGUUGGGGUGUGAACAUAAUACCAUUAAGUAAUUUGUGAUGUCUAAUAAAAAGGCUAUAGAUAAACAUUAUCCAUAUAUGUAAAGACAAAUAUCAUUUUUUUUAAUUCUUUAAUAAAAUCAACUUUUCAACUUUUUGUCAUUA